GAGGAGUGGGAGAGAAGGAGGGCGGAGAUUGAGAGGGGGAGAGAAGGGGGUUAUGAUGAGGAGACUGGACAACCAUACCCAUACCCCCCAGAGUAUUUUUACCUGAAGGGACAACCAGGUGAGAAUGGAAACCCAGGACGAAAGGGUGAAAUUGGUGAAAAAGGACAAAAGGGAGAGCCAGGUAUCGGCCACAGAGGUCCGGAAGGUCAGGCUGGUCCUCCGGGACAGAAGGGUGAACCAGGUGAGUCAGGGCCUGCAGGUGCUCAAGGCAUCCAGGGUAUCCGUGGUAAUGCAGGCACCCAGGGCACCCCAGGCCUUAGGGGUCCACCAGGGGACCCAGGAGAGCCGGGCAGAGAGGGUGACCGGGGUAAAAGGGGGAAGAACGGAUCACCUGGAGCUCCUGGACUUCGAGGGGAGCUAGGGCCUCAGGGUCUGUCUGGCGUACCUGGAGUAAAAGGAGAAAAGGGUGUCAGUAUUCCUGGAGAGCCUGGUGCUCGGGGUUUGGCUGGCUUUGCAGGCAGAAAGGGUGAAAAAGGCACUCCAGGUAUUAAAGGAACUCCUGGGAAUCUAGGCCUAAAAGGGUUGCGUGGCAUUAAAGGUGAAAAGGGGGACCGAGGGUUACCUGGAGUCAGAGGAGAAAGGGGGAGUGUUCUUCAAAUUCAAGGACCUCGUGGAUUUAAGGGUUCCAAAGGAGACGCGGGUGAGCGAGGCCCACCAGGUUUUGAUGGAGAUAAAGGAGAAAAGGGCGAGGACGGUCCUCCUGGAGUUAAGGGCUUAAAGGGCGAUGCAGGCACUAAAGGUGCAUUGGGGCGUUUUGGAGCACGAGGACCAGUAGGCCAGAAGGGAGAUUCAGGAGAGCCAGGACUUAAUGGAGUGAUGGGUCGCAAUGGAGACCAUGGAGUUGAUGGGGCCAAGGGAGACAAAGGAGAUUUAGGACUGCAAGGCCAGAAGGGUAAUCAGGGUGAUCCAGGAGAACCAGGAUUACCAGGAGACAAUGGGGAGAAGGGAGAGAAGGGUUUCAGAGGUUUACCUGGACGCAUCGGGAGUCCAGGCUUGGAUGGUGAAAAGGGAGAUACAGGAUUUGCUGGCACCCCUGGUACACCAGGCUUGAAUGGACUCACAGGACGAAAGGGUGAUAAGGGAGAAGGCGGCAUCAAUGGUGUUGAUGGUGAUCCAGGAGUGAAAGGAGUAAAGGGUGCAGCAGGUUUCCCAGGUUUCCCGGGGUUUAAGGGGUCAGCAGGGAUUUCAGGAAGGGAUGGAGAUGAAGGACCACCAGGACUCCCUGGACUCCGUGGGGACCCAGGAUCUAAGGGUGAGAGGGGCAGAAGGGGCAGAUCGAAGCCAUGUCAGAGGGGAGCACCCGGGACUCCAGGACUCAGAGGAGAGAGUGGUACAGUGGGCACUGAAGGAGGAAAAGGGGAGAAGGGGGAACCUGGGCUCUCUGCUGAAGAAGUGAAGGAGCUAGUCACCCAGGAGGUGGUAGAAAAGUGUGGGUUGGAAUACAAGUUCAUGGUAAGGUCUGUGGAUCCAGAUGGAACAACCUCAGUGGCAGAGAAGAAAAAUACGUCAGAUGAUGUGUUGGCAUCCCUCAACCGUGAUCUCCAAGAGGAAGAAGGUGAAGAAUGGGAAGAAUAUGGAGACAAAGAGGGAGAAAUGACCAGUCCCGCCCCUGUGAUCUACGGGGAAAAAGGGAUCCUGCCAAACCACACUGAUUCUCCUGCGGGAGAGACUGCAGAGUGGGGACAGAGGAAGAAAAGAAGGGUAUUUGGAACAAACACUGCUGACCGUUGCCUGGAGCCAAUGUUAGAGGGGUACUGUUCAGAAUAUGUUCUGCUCUGGUACUUUCACCCUCACUCGGGGGAAUGCAGGCCGUUUGUGUACGGGGGCUGCGGUGGCAACAGAAACCAAUUCAGCUCAAGACAGGAGUGUGAGAGUUGGUGUGGGAAGGAGAGGAGUGGUAAAGAGUACCAGUCAGAUCACAGAUGAACGAAAGAUUGUAACAGCUAAUCAGAUAAGUCCAAAAUUCUUCAUUAAAGACAAUAUAAUAUUAUUUUCACUUCACGUCAUCAUAGUGCAGAAAAACAUGUUUACUCUUCCACAGACACUGACCUCUGGAGACAGUAAUCCCAUAUGAGAAAAUAAUGUUUGUACAUAACUGUGUAAAAU